CUUGGACCAGAAUGUCCUCCGUUGUUAACUACGACCACGAAAGUGGCAUUCCUGUCGUGGACUUUGGUCCGUUCCGAGAUGGGACUCGGAAACAAGAGGUCGCUGAUGCCAUCCUAAGGUCCUUCAAGGAGCUGGGGUCAAUCAUGGUAUACCCCAAGAGAAGAUGGACGGUAUCAUUGGUUGGGCCAAAACGUUUUUUGCGCUUCCCAUGGAAACAAAGAUGUUGGCUCCACAUCCUCCUAUUGGUACUCAUCAUCGUGGGUACUCGCCACCCGGCCUCGAGAAGGUCAUCCAACAGGAGUUUGAUCCAGACAAGAUUGUUCAAAGCCGAAAGAAGGCUCCGGAUGCAAAAGAAAGUUUCGAAUCUGGCAAAGAGAACGACAAAGUCAUGCCGAACAUCUGGUUGCCUGAUGGGAUUCUACCAGGUUUCAAGGAGGCAUGCUUGGAUUAUUUCUGGACUUGUUACAAAGUGGAGUUGAAUAUCUUCAGGGCUCUCGCUCUCGGCUUUCGCAUCGACGAGGAAUAUUUUACAGAGUAUCACUCUGCUGCUGACAAUCAACUUCGUCUGUUGCAUUAUUUCAGCGUCCCUGUCAAGGAUGUCGAAGAAGGGUUGGCUCCCCGUAUCGGAGCGCAUUCAGAUUUCUGUAGCAUGACUAUGUUACUUCAAGAUCAUGCCGGGGGUCUCGAAGUUGAAGAUCCUCAUAAUCCGGGCGAGUUUAAAACCGCGACACCUAUUCCCGGUUCUCUCGUGAUUAACGCGGGAGACUUUUUGAUGCGGUGGUCCAACGACACCAUUAGAAGCACCAUUCACCGCGUUCGUGCGCCGAAGCACAUGUAUGGCACUGACUGCAUGACCACGGAGCGAUACUCUGUUCCCUACUUCUGCAGUGCACAUAAUCUCUCCGCAGUCGUCGACAGCGUUCCCGGAACAUGGUCUGAGACCGUACCCAAGAAAUACGAACCUAUUUUCCUGAGGUCAUCGGAUAUCAGAUGAAACGGCUCGCCAUGUCGUAUAAGUGAUUGUGUAGGUUCAUUUAUUUGCAGAGGCGGAAAGACUGAAACUGGCUGUUUCUGCUUCUAUGAGAAUGCUUGUACCGGUAUUUGAUCAAUAUGGC